UAAAUUUGUAACCGUUUGUCAUAUGUUCAUUCAGAGGUUAUUGCAUUUGCAUUUGCGUUCUUAUUCUGUUUAGUGCUAAAUACUAAUUUUAAAAUGGGUGAAAAUAAAACAAUGGAUAGUGAGACUUUGUAUAGAUUAGAAAGACAAGCUUAUUUCUUUUAUCCAUAUGAAAUAUCUACUUUAACUAAGAAGUUGGAAGAUGAUACCAAGUUCAUAAUAACUGAGGGAUUUCAGCAGUGCCGGAAUAAAUACCAUGCUAUUGCUGCAGAGGAAGGCAACAUUGAUGAAUUUGAAGAAUUUGAUAAUCCCAUCCAGCUGGUAAAAGAUAAUUGUUUACAGAAUUGUCAAAAAUUCCUCACCAAAGUUAAGGAUAAGCUGGAAGAAAUGACCUUUAUUUCUAAUGAUUUGGAUCUAUUCAAUUAUUCUCAGCAGCAUGCUAAGAAGAUUGAUGAAACAGAAAAUGAGUUUCAAAGAUUGAAACAAGAACUGUUAGAGCAAAAGGUUUUUAUUGCUCAUUUGACACAAGAAUUAAAUGAUUAUGAACAACUGGAUCCUCUACUGACAGAAACCGAACAGAUUAUUGAAACAUUGAAAAAUCUAAGUUUAGAUGUUCCAGAUGAAAUCAAACAGCAGCUUGUGGACAUGACAAGCAAGAAUAGUAUGCUGGCAUAUACUACAGUUAAACAUUUGUAAAAUUAAUACUCAUAUUAAAUAUAUGAGGAUAUAUUUAAGUACAAUCAUACAAAACAUCCAGUAACAACUUUAUCAUUCAUAGUAUUAAUACAUAAUCACAAAUAUAAAGUAAACUUGCUAUACAAA